AUGGGAUCAAUCAAGAGCUUCAGACUAAAACAGAGACUUGGAAAAUGCAGGAAAAAGAACAGACCAGUCCCCCAUUGGUAUAGACUUAGAAAAGAUACAAAAAUCAGAUAUAACACGAAAAGAAGACACUGGAGACGAACAAAGCUGGGAUUAUAG